CUCACUGUCCUUUUCCCAGACAAUCCGCUCACUUGUACUUUUCCAUGGCCGCCGGUUUCCAUGGCAACGAAAGAGGAAGACGGCGAGGCUGCGGCUUGACAGAACACUGUCAAGCAGACAGCACAGGGGCGGCUGGGAUCCUCAAGAGACUGUGUGAGGAAACUGGAGUACCUGGAGGAAACCCAUGCAGCCACGGGGAGAACAUGCAGACACAGAGUCCCAGGCCAGAUGGCAGGCUUGAACCCAGAACCUUCUUGCUGUGAAGCGACACCGCUGACCACUGCACCACCAUCCUGACCCAUGUAUGUCAUUACACUGGAACAGGCCCAUUAUAAACUGAGAUACCACCCCAGUUUCUUACCCAGUCUGUACUCCAUGCUUACAACAAGAGUGCGGGUGAAGUUACUGAUGAAGCGUCCAUCAUACAGCGGUUUGGAGGCAGAUCCAGCGAUAAAAUCCCCUCCGUGGAUCCACACCAUGACAGGCAGCGGGCUCCUCAGGGGGGAGCUGAAGUUCACAUCCAGGGGGACAAAGAUGUGGAGGACGCUGCGACGAUAUUUCCUUCUCUGUAUGCUGGAUGAGCAAGAACGAUGCUCUGGAGAGGCAAAAUGGAAACAUAUGGCUCAAUGACACGUCACUGAAAUCCAUCAGGAAGGUGGGUAAAGUCACCUCCCUCACGGUGCAUCCAGCUGUAGAAAACAAGCUGACCCUUCAGUAUGGAGGCUCUGUUCAGUCUUGGACUUUAACAAUCACUCCACGUACAAAGUUCACUAAAAUCAGAGGCCGGCAGAAACCUCUGGAGCAUCCGACAAAUGCCACCAAGGGCUUCCUGGACCUGUUGAGUCCCGCUGAGGUGUUUGCAUGUGAAAAUGGCACAUUAUUCUUCCACCAGGAUGAAAACUUCUUUCUUGCUGUCGGCCACACAGUGCGUCUCCCUAUCAAGCUGGAGUCCAGGAGUCCCUCCAUGUUGCUGGUCUACUGGGUGGAGAAGAGUCUGGCUAUCAGGGACAGCCACACCGUGACCCUGUACCGCACUGAGCUGGACUCCUAUAGCACCCUCAGCCUGGACUCUACAGUCCACAACCAUUACCGCUUCACAGCUCUGGACUCCUGCAGCCCCUAUGUGGCCUGUGUGGAGAUUGCAGGCACUCACUCCCUCGCCUGCCUCACUGCUAUUACUGACCCUGACGUUCCCAAGGACUUUGAGGUGACGUCGUGGAACAGCAGCAGCAUAUCGUUGGCCUGGGACUGCCCUGAGAACCGCAAGUUCUCUCUCUUCUUGCUAACUGCCCUCUACCUCAACGGCACAGACCACAUCACAGAGGAGGUGUCCCUCUGGCACGAGGAGGACAGCUUUGCGUUCACCUUGUCUGACCUGCAGCCCUGCAGAAGGGUUAAGUUUGGCCUGCAGACUGUUUGCCAGGCUGGGAUGGAGUCCCGCUACAGCAAGAUGGUCCUGAAUGAUGGAAACUCUGCCCACUCCAGCAUCUGGGCCUUGCGUCAGACAUCGUCUGGCCCCGACAACUACACCCUGAGCUGGGAGGUGAGGAACACCUCGUCCAUCUCCAUGUUCAGAGUUUACCACGACGGGGUGCUGCAGGGCACCACGCUCAUGACCAGCUACGCUGUUGGGGGGCUGCAGUCAUGCCAACAGUACCAGGCCAAGGUGGAGGCGCUGUGUGGAGACAGCGUGCUCAUGAGUUCCAGGACUGUCACAGCACACACAGGACCUCGUGGUGUGUCUGAGCUCUGGUACCGCUCGAAUGACUCCACCGCCCUCUGGGUCCCCGGCACCGUGCAGCCGUCAGCCGUGGCCUUUCUGUACGAGCUGUCCUCGGAGAACGGCACCACCAUCCAGAGCAGCCGAGUGACGGACACAGAGCUGCGUCUCCCGGGGCUGGAGGAAGGGAAGAGCUACAUCCUUGACGUGUGGGAGGAGUGUGAUGGACAGUGGGAGUCCGAACGUUCUCAUUUGUGUUUUGAGAGAGUUAAUUCAUCCUUAGGGGCCCUUGUGAGGGCUGCUGGACCUGCCCAGGACCUAGACCUGCAGUUAGAUUUUUCCAGCAUGGGUCUCACCAUGGUUGUUCCCUGGUCGCUGCCUGAGGAUCUGCAGGAUGACGCGUCAGAGCCAAGAACCAAAAUGGGGAAGAUUUUCAAAGACAAGCUGCAGGAACUGUUGAAAGAUUUCGAUCAGCCUGUCCGCGUCGAGCUGGCCACCUUUGAACCUGCAGAGGAGCCGGAUAAAACAGAGAUUCUGUUCGUGCCUUUUGAUGGCUCCAGAACAGAAGAGGACGUGCCCCUGCCUGCUGAAGAUCUGCUGGAUUACAUUCACUCCCUGAAUGCAACCAACAUCACCGUCACAGAUGGACUCAUUCACUGGGAAGGUCACGAUGUGUGUGCUUCCUUAAAGCACACUUUGUGUCCCCGCAAUUCUCUGUGCAUCAACACCCUGGGCUCGUUUGCCUGUGUGUGCCAGCAUGGAUACUAUGAUGUGAGCACAGUCAUCGAGCCUCCGGUGGCUUCAUAUCCAAUCUGCAACGAGAAAGGCCUUUUCAGCCAGUGUCUGGACAAACUGAUGACUGGUGGAAUAGCGAAACCCUACCUGACUUCUUACAUCGGGGGAAAGGUUGACGUGAGGCUGAAUGACGGACGGUGCUCUGUGAAUGAGACUGAGAUGUUCAUUCGCUUCCGCACCUCACGAAAAUCGUCUGAAUGUGGAACAGAGAGGCGAAUAAACAAAACCCACAUCGAAUUCCAAAACACUUUGACUGUGACUCUGACCAAAGAGCAAACCAUCAGCCGGCGGGACCUGAAAGUUGUCUGGAGGUGUGUCUACCCUCGGCAUUAUGUGCGCAACGCUCAAGUCAGCGUGGAUUUGGAGUGGCUCUCCUCCAUCUCCUUAGUGGAGUUCAACUCAUCUCUGCAGCUGUCCCUGACCAUGUCCCUCUACAGUGAUGAGUCAUACACCUACAGCUACAGGGACGCCAUAGCCCUGGGUCUUGAAGACACACUGUUCUUCCAGGUGGCCCUGCAGACCAACAACUCUUUUGCCUCGGACGUGCUGCUGCAGGUGGAGUCCUGCUGGGCCACUGAGAGCACAGACCCGCAGGACACUGUCCAGGGUGUUCUCCUUCAGGACGGCUGUCCUGUGGACAACACGUUCCACUGGCUCUCUGUUAACGGCCUGACACAGAGAAGCAGAUUUUCCAUUCAGAUGUUCACCAUGCCCAAAGGCUUGCCCCUCUAUAUUCACUGCCUGGCCAACAUAUGUGGACACGAUACAGACUGUACUAAGAAUUGCACCAACCAGCUGCGCACCAAGAGGUCGGUGAGCCAGAUGGACAGAAAGAGGAAACAGGCCGCUGUAGUGUCGGCUGGACCUGUAGUGGUCAACUCAAGGGUGAAGUCAGGAGUCCGACCGUCUAACUUGGAUGAAUCUGAGCUCCUGACUGUUCCCGAUGGAUGGAAAGAGCCGGCGUUCACCAAAGAUGACAACCCCCGCGGUCUCCUGGAGGAGAGCAGCUUCGCCACCCUCUUCCCCAAAUACAGAGAAGCCUACCUGAAGGAGUGUUGGCCGCUCGUGGAGAAGGCUUUAGGAGAGGGACAUAUAAAAGCCUCUCUGGACCUGAUAGAAGGCAGCAUAACAGUUUGCACCACUAAGAAAACUUUUGACCCGUACGCCAUCAUAAGAGCCAGAGACCUCAUCAAGCUGCUGGCCAGGAGCGUCCCAUUUGAACAGGCUGUGCGGAUAUUACAGGAUGACAUAGCUUGUGACAUUAUCAAAAUCGGGACCCUGGUUAGGAACAGAGAGCGGUUUGUGAAGCGAAGACAGCGGCUGAUUGGUCCCAAGGGCUCCACACUGAAAGCAUUAGAGUUGUUAACCAACUGCUAUGUGAUGGUGCAGGGCAACACGGUGUCGGCCCUGGGGCCCUACAAUGGCCUGAAGGAGGUACGAAAAGUGGUGAUGGACACGAUGAAGAACAUCCACCCCAUCUACAACAUCAAGACGCUAAUGAUCAAACGGGAGCUGUCCAAAGACCCCGACCUGCGGGUGCAGAGCUGGGAACGCUUUCUGCCAAAGUUCCGCCACAAGAACCUGGCCAAGCGCAAGGAGCCCAAGAAGAAGAGUGUGAAGAAGGAGUACACACCGUUCCCUCCAUCACAGCCAGAGAGCAAGGUUGACAAAGAGCUGGCCACAGGAGAAUUCUUCUUGCGUGAAAGUGUGAAAAAGAGGAAGAAGAUGGAGGAGAUAAAGGUCAAACAAGCAGAGGCACUGACCAAGAAGCAGGAAGAACGGAACAAAGCCUUCAUUCCUCCAAAAGAGAAGCCUUUAAUGAAGAAGACCACUAAAGCUCCCGUGGACGGCAAGCUGGACAUCGCCGCCAUCAAGGACAAAGUGAAAAAAGCCAAAACCAAGAAACUGGGGGCUCCUCCGGUGAACCCCGCUCCACCUCCCAGCACCACCACAGACAGGAAGAAGAAAACCAAAACUAAGAACAAAGGCUAACCACAGACUAACGUCACCGCGCGCUGCUGUAAUGUGUGCCGUGUGAAAUGAUAUCUGUUGGACAGAGUAAGGACUCUGUAAGAACACAGGAAGAUGGGACAUACUGGACACACUGUGUGUUCCUGGAUCAAAAUGAAUUCCAAUACAAACGGUCACAGAUGUUUUUAUUCAACUGCUUUUUGUUGUUGUGGGGAAUUUCCUGUUUGUUUGUUUGUUUGUUUUUUCAUGAAUAUUACACUCUAACUUUAGACCAAG